GCCGCCUUACCAUAGAGACCAGGCAGCCACGUGUGACAGAAAGCCCUCCAGUUGUCAUAGAGAUGCACAGGCAGCCGUCAGUGUCUACAGGACCACACCUGCUAUGGCAAAUGGAAGCCGGUAGCUCCUGGCUGCUAUAACAACAGAGCUGGGGAAUUCAGCUUGUAGAAAGAUGACCAGCCAGCCCCAGGGCUCUUCCUUGGCCUCCCCUGUACAUGCAGCUGCUGUGACAGGGGACAAGGCCACCCUCCUGCGUCUCAUUGGCUCCAACUCAGGCCUUAUUGAUCAGGAGGACCAACUUGGGAGAACUGCUCUGAUGUACAGCGUGUUGGGUGACCGUAGAGCCUGCGCAGAAGCUCUCCUACGUUACGGGGCCCAGGUGAAUCGUUCUGAUAAGAGUGGUAGGACCGCCGUACACCUUGCAGCCCAAACGGGCAACCACCGUCUGCUGAAACUACUCCUGUCUCGUAGGGCUGACUGUACUCAUCGAGAUUUGCGUGACAUCACGGCGCUACACCUCUCAACCCGUCACCAGGACACUCGCUGUUUGGCGCUUCUUCUGAAACACACGCCACCAGGCCAGGUGGAUGCACAGGAUCAAAAGAAACAAACCGCGCUGCAUUGGAGUGCCUACUACAAUCGCCCACAGCAUGUCAGGUUGUUAGUGCGGCAUGGAUCCAACAUUGGCAUCCCUGACCUGGAAGGAAAGAUACCCCUACAUUGGGCAGCUGGGCACAAAGAUCCAGAAGCGGCGCUAACCGUACGUUGCCUGCUGGAGGCAGCUCCUACAGAGUCCUUACUCAACUGGCAGGACUACGAAGGCCGCACUCCUCUGCACCUUGCUGUUGGUGAUGGUAACCAAGAAGUAGUGCUUCUUCUGACGUCCUAUCGGGGAUGUAAUGUGGCGCCUUAUGACAAUCUCUUCCGUACUCCUCUGCACUGGGCAGCGUUGUUAGGUCAUACUCCAAUUGCAAAUCUACUUCUGGAGAGAAAUCGUUCUCCCAACAUACCGUCUGACAGCCAAGGAGCAACCCCUCUGCAUUAUGCUGCUCAGGGGAAUUCCCCGGACACUGUAAAGAUUCUGCUAGCUCAUCCUUCUGUAAGAGAUGAGGCAGAUUUAGAGGGCAGGACUGCAUUUAUGUGGGCAGCAGGGAAAGGCAGUGACGAGGCAGUGAAAGCUAUGCUAGAGCUGGACUCAGAGUUAGAGAUAAACAGGACCGAUAAAUAUGGUGGAACCGCGCUUCACGCAGCCUCUUUAUCCGGACAGAUUAGCACUGUGCGCAUUCUGUUAGAAAACGGUGCCCAGGUGGAUGCCGCAGACGUCAUGAAGCACACACCACUGUUCAGAGCAUGUGAAAUGGGACACAGAGAGGUCAUAUAUACCUUAAUUAAAGGCGGUGCAAAGGUUCAUCUUGUGGACAAAGAUGGACGCUCCCCUCUUCAUUGGGCAGCAUUAGGUGGCAAUGCCAAUGUGUGUCAAAUACUUAUAGAAAAUAACAUUAACCCUAAUGCCCAGGACUAUGAAGGCAGGACUCCGUUACAGUGUGCCGCCUACGGAGGCUACAUUGGCUGCAUGGAAAUACUAAUGGAGAAUAAGGCAGACCCUAACAUCCAGGAUAAGAAUGGACGCACAGCUCUGCACUGGUCAUGCAACAAUGGCUACCUAGAUGCCAUAAAACUUCUACUACACUAUAACGCUUUUCCUAACCAGAUGGAGAGCACAGAAGAGAGAUACACGCCUCUGGAUUACGCUUUGCUUGGUGGGCACCAGGAGGUAAUACAGUUUAUGCUGGAACAUGGUGCCCUUUCUAUUGCUGCAAUACAAGAUAUUGCUGCCUCAAAAAUUCAGGCUGUAUACAAGGCACACAAAGUGCGGAGGGCUUUCAGAGACAGGAAGAACCUGCUAAUGAAACAUGAACAGCUGAGGAAAGAUGCAGCAGCUAAAAAGAGAGAGGGCGAAAGUAAGAGGAAACUAAGAAUUGGCCAGGCAGUCGAAGAUGGGCAGAUAGAAGGAAAACAGGCCGAUAUCCAAGAGUGUGUAAGGGACCAACAAGAAGACAACAGUUAUAAAGAAGUACAACGUAAAAGAAGCACAAAAGAAAGACUACAAGAGAUUACAAAUAAGACAAAACUCAAAGAGCACCAAAGCCAAAACAGGUCAGUACAGCAACUGCAGGAACUAGGGCGCACAUCUCCAAGACAAAAAGAGGUUUGUGGCACUCCCAAUAAGUGUAGUCCAAGAAACUCAUCUCAUUCUCAGUCCUCUUCAUCUCCAACAGUACUAGCUGAGAAGCUGUAUUAUGAGGAUGGGGCCAUUGAAAAACAAGAUAACAGGAAAAGCUCCAGACAUAAAAAGGAAUCCAACAGUAUUAUUAUCCCUGAAAAAGAGCAUCAUAGCCAAAAGGCUGGUCAUAGGAAAUCUCACCGGGAGCUUAGAGAGGAUUCUGAUUCUCCUGUAAAAGUAGAGAACAAUGAUGAAGUUGGUGGAGAUAGACUCCCAGAAAGAGAAGAAAACAUUAUCCAUAAAGAGCAAAAGCAAAUAAAAAGUACUCGAUCCUCAAGGAACAAAAGAGAAUAUUUAGAUAGAAUUACCCCAAAAAUGGACGCUUGUAGCAUUACAGAGACUAGAUCGUCUAGGGUAAACAAAACCUCUUCGGAUCUGAUAAUCCAGAUAACAAACAACAAGGAUAAUUCUAGCCAUCCUAGGGAAAAUUCAGACUCGCAGAAGUACCAGGACAGAGGUAGCUCAGCCAGAGGUGGACAGAGACCUUCAACUGGAAAACAGUAUAGAUGCAAUGGGAAAAAACAUGUAGGAAAAGUACAACGUAGCACCUCUGGUUCUCGCUCCAGGCAGACUAAACAGACAGACAUGGACAGAAAAGCAGUGAUCUGCUCUCCAACAAGUGACAUUGGCUUCAGGAGGGCACUGACCUUACCAAUUCAUAGAGAGAAUGUAAAGCCUGGGCAGAGUGCUACUGACUGGCAGCAGCUGGACAUUGAGCUGAUUCCCUUGGAAGCAAGACUGCAGUUAGUAGAAAGGGAGAAGGCUAGAAAGCAGCUCUUCCAGCGCAAAAACCAAGCUGCAGCGGUUAUUCAGAAGGCCUGGAGAAAGCACAGAAGCAGGAAAAGGACUAACCGUAAGACGCCUUCCCACUCACCUCACGUUCACAGAGUAUAGCAUAUGGUACAGCUGGACAAUGGGGGUUAUUCAGGUUUGUCAGCAAACCAAAAAAGUAAGCAAUUGGACAAAACCAUGUGCACUGUGGGUGGAGCAGAUGUAACGUGCAAAGAGUUAGAUUUGGGUGGGUUAUAUUGUUUCUGUGCAGGGUAAAUACUGGCUGCUUAAUUUGUACACUGCAAUUUAGAUUUCAGUUCGAAUACACCCCACCCAAAUCUAACUCUCUCUGUGCACGUUACAUCUGCCCCCCUGCAGUGCAGAAUGGUUUUGCCUAAUUGCUUACGUUUGUGGUUUGCUAAGAAACCGGAAUACAGCCCAAUGUCCCCUCUGUGGAGUCCUUACAAGCAGGUAGAAUUUGUGCACUAUACUUGAAAACGACAUCUGCUUUUUCUUCUCAGUUGGGACAAACAUAAUGAUCAUUCCGUAGUGAUUACUACUAUAGUCAAUGGUUAUGCCACGACAGUGAUCUGCCACCAAUAAUAUUGUGCCUUCAGUCAUCCACUAUUUCCCAUUGACCUCCAUGAUAUUUUUAACACACAUUUUUCUUUAUGGACCAAAAUGUAUGGCUGGAGUUGGCAUUUGGCAGGUAGAGGUUAAUCCUGCUUUGGAGGUUUAAUUUCCUGGUGCUUUCCUUGUUGAUUCCUCCAAUACCAGAGAGGCUGAAGUGGUUUAUGCAGUCACGUGUGGCCAUAGGAACACCAUGUGAUCACUGUGGGGUCAGCCUAUGGUGCAAGCAGGCAGUACGUGGCUGGUGGUCACUGUGGGGUCAGUCAAUGGUGCAAGCGGGCAGUACGUGGCUGGUGGUCACUUUGGGGUCAGCCUAUGGUGCAAGCGGGCAGUACGUGGCUGGUGGUCACUGUGGGGUCAGCCUAUGGUGCAAGCGGGCAGUACGUGGCUGGUGGUCACUGUGGUGUCAGCCAAUGGUGCAAGCGGGCAGUACGUGGCUGGUGGUCACUGUGGGGUCAGCCUAUGGUGCAAGCGGGCAGUACGUGGCUGGUGGUUACUGUGGGUUCAGCCUAUGGUGCAAGCGGGUAGUACAUGGCUGGUGGUCACUGUGGGGUCAGCCAAUGGUGCAAGCGGGCAGUACGUGGCUGGUGAAACACAUUCUGUGUCACAGAGGCUGAAAAAGAUGACCAUAUUAUAAUAAAAGAAUCAGCCCUUUAUACUUGGAUUUACAAAUGUCGCUGUGUUUUUCUUAAAUAUAAUUGGAUUUAUGGUUUUAACUGCCCACAAUAUGACCAAUUUUCACUUUUCUAAUGAUGUAAGCCAAAAAUCAAAUUAUCUCCUAGUUUUACAGUAUUAUAUAUUGGGUAUUGUGUUUACAUGUAUAUAGUGUAAAUUUGAAAGAAAUAUAUUGUAAUAACUUUGAAACAUUUAAAUUGUACCUUCAACAAGCUGAAAUGUUGAAUAAAUAGUCUUAUUCUGAUAAAAGUGUUGUUUUAAUCGAAUAGGUAACGUAAUAUCAAGAAACUUUAAAUAACACUUGUCUACAAACCAACAAAUACAUAGUGGCCGUUCCCAGCAACCUGAAGGGGUGUCCCUAUGGUAGAUGCUAGAUUCAAGUGGCCUAAUGGACCUUUUCCGUCAGGGGGAGGAGCUAGGCCAGCGUGAUAGGUCCUACACUAUCCACGCCACCAACUAUUACCUUUAGUAAUCAGGUGGCGAGCGUGCUUUUCGGGUACCCUCUUCAGCCGUAGCUCCUCCCCCUGGUGACGUGUGUCUCCUCCCCAUGUGACGUCCGAAGGUCCCUUC